AUGCUGAAGAACUGUCAUUUCCUGGUCAGCGAGGCGCUGCGCGGACGCCACACGGAGAGCCCAGACGAGGCCAAGACCAAACAAGUGCGGACGCCAACGAGAGAAACCAAUAACAGCGGCUGUGUCGACGAGGAGCAGACGCAACAAAACAAUCAAACCGCCACACGGAGAGCCCAGACAGCAGAGGCCAAGACCAAACAGAGCGGACCGCCACACGGAGAGCCUAGGCGCAAGACGCAGAGACCAAGAACACAGAGUUCGGACGCAAGACGCAGAGACCAGAGAUGA